GUUUGUUGUGCCACGUUGAUGGACAGCACUGGGGACGUGGAGCUCUGUCCAUCUGCAGACAAACCUCACGCUAACCCACGGAUAUCGUAAAGUUAUCCCGCUAAUUCUCUCUAACUGUCGUGUUUGUGCGUGGAUGAGUCUGUGUGUGACCGCUGGAAGCGCGACGAGAAAAGGAUGAAGCUAAAAGAAAUUAACCGAACAGCUAUCCAGGCCUGGAGUCCGGCUCAACAGCACCCCAUCUAUCUGGCAGCAGGUACAUCAGCCCAGCAGCUCGAUGCCACCUUCAGCACCAAUGCGUCUCUGGAGAUCUUUGAAUUGGAUCUGGCUGAUCCCUCUUUAUCCAUGAAGUCAUGUGGUUCUUUCUCCUCUCCACACAGAUACCACAAACUCGUCUGGGGUCCACAUGGCAUUGAAGACCAGAGUUUGCCAUCGGGUGUCCUCAUCGCAGGAGGAGAGAAUGGCAACAUCAUCCUUUAUGACGCCUCCAAAAUCGUUGCUGGAGACAGCGAAGUGAUUAUUUCCCAGAGUGAGAAACAUACAGGACCUGUAAGAGCUCUCGAUGUCAACUCGUUUCAGGCAAACCUUGUGGCCUCUGGUGGAAAUGAGUCCGAAAUCUACAUUUGGGAUUUGAACAACUUAAGCUCCCCAAUGACGCCAGGACCCAAAACGCAGCCCCUAGAGGACAUCAGCUGUGUAGCGUGGAACAAACAGGUGCAACACAUCCUGGCCUCAGCCAGUCCCAGCGGAAAAGCUUCAGUCUGGGAUCUGAGAAAGAACGACCUGAUAAUCAAAGUCAGCGACCACAGCAACAGGAUGCAUUGCUCGGGUCUGGCCUGGAACCCGGAGGUGGCCACUCAGCUGGUUCUGGCGUCUGAAGACGACCGAAUGCCCGUCAUCCAAAUGUGGGACCUGCGCUUUGCCACAUCCCCUCUCAAAGUGCUGGAGAGCCACACAAGAGGGGUUUUGGCGAUUGCCUGGAGUGAAGCAGACCCAGAGCUGCUCCUGAGCUGCGGGAAAGAUAACCGCAUCCUGUGUUGGAACCCCAACACGGCUGAGGUGCUGUAUGAGCUGCCUACCAGUACUCAGUGGUGUUUUGACAUCCAGUGGUGUCCCAGGAACCCAGCUGUGCUCUCUGCUGCUGCCUUUGAUGGCCAUAUCAGCAUAUACUCCGUUAUGGGAGGAAGCAAUGACAACGCUGUUACUUUACAGGCUGAACAGUUAAGCAGCUCGUUUGGAAAUAUGGAUCCUUUUGGUACAGGCAAGAUGCUGCCACCUUUACAGCUGCCUCAGACCACCACGUCCCAAAGCACAGUCACACCUCUCAAAAAACCCCCCAAAUGGAUCCGCAGACCAGUUGGAGCAUCUUUUGCUUUUGGUGGAAAGCUAGUUACUUUGGAUAACAUUAAGCCUGCGGCCCAACAGCCCCAGCAGACCUCUGCCCAUGUCGUUCAUAUCAGUCAGGUUGUGACGGAAACAGAUUUUCUUGAUCGCUCGAACCAACUUCAAUCAACCCUCACUGUAGGAAAUUUUCUUGAGUACUGCCAAACCAAGAUUGAAGCUGCUCAGAGUGAAUUUGAGAAGACCGUAUGGUCUUUUCUGAAGGUGAACUUUGAAGAAGAUGCACGGGGGAAAUAUUUGGACCUUUUGGGAUACAAGAAGGAAGAGCUCGCUUUAAAGAUUGCAUCAGCAUUAGAAAGGAACUGCAAAUCUGAUGAGGCAGAUGUGCUUUCAGUCAUACCUUCUUCCAUACCUCACCAUUAUCCUGCUCCUGUUCCCAUCUCAAACCUUGUGCCUGACUCUGUUUCUAAGACUGAACCAGUCCUUGAAACUGAACCCCUUGCUGUGUCAGCUCAGCCUCAUCUCGAGCCAAAAUAUCCAAGUCCUACAAACCUUCAGUUAAACCUUGAGUCUCUUAACGAAUCGUUGCUUGAGCCCACAAUUGCUCCCAGUGCCAGAACUCAGAAACCUCAGUCACAGCCCUUAGUGGACUUCACCCCACCAGUAGCCACCACCUUCUUUGACCAGAUGCCUCUUGUUGAACUCACCUACUCCUUUGACCAGACUCCAAUAUCCACACCUACAUCACAGGUUGAUUCUACUGGUCAAAUGAUGGUCAAUCCUCAAGAGCAAUCGCAGUCAGUGCCACUCUUUGAACCUCACCACCUGGGAUCUUCAGAUAAACUGGAAGAGUCUCUUCUUUCACGUGAACAAAUAGUUGAGUUUCAGCAGUCUGUGCCAGUCAAUCAACAAGCAUCCGGUGAAGUGCGUUCUGGACUGGUGCUGCCAGCUGAACCUUUCGAGUCUUUACAAGAACCUACUAUUGAAUUACAACCGCCAGCACCUGAUGUGAUGCCACCAUGUAGUAGCUCUCAGCCAUUGGCCGCUCCUGGCCUUUCUCCAGAUAUCUUUCCUCAAGAAGCCAUGAGCUUGCAAACUCCAGUUGACUCCCAACCUCUUGCGCCAGAAUCUGAUUUGAUGACUCAUCAUCCUGUUUCUGAGACUGAUCUUCUGAAUAACAGUGAUUACCAGCCUGUGCUACAUCACAAAGAGGUUUCUGAUUGUGGUGACCUAAAUAAAGCCAUGGUUAAAGAGGCAACAACCCUGAAGGAGCUUAAGAAGACAAGCCCUGAAGAGGAAGAAGAAGAAGAAGAAGAAAAAGAAGAGCCUGCCACUAAGACACUGGACCUAGAUGAGAUUCCUUUUGAAGAUGAAGAACCUGCUGCUGAGGAGACAUCCAAGGAUGUUAUUCCAGUUCCUGCUUUAGACACUGUUAACCUCAAAGUUAGCCAGGACAUUGAUGGGCUGAUCACCCAGGCACUGCUGACUGGGGAUUACGAAGCUGCUGUUGACCUCUGUCUGCAUGAUAACCGAAUGGCUGACGGCAUCAUCCUGGCAAUUGCUGGAGGUCCCAAGCUUCUGGAGAAGACUCAGAAGAAAUACUUCAGCAAAACUCAAAGCAAAAUCUCUAAGCUCAUUAGUGCUGUGGUGAUGAAGGAUUGGUUGGACAUUUUGGAGACAUGUGACCUGCAGAACUGGAAGGAAGCUCUAGCUGCAGUUAUGACUUACGCAAAGCCAGAGGAGUUCUCCUCACUCUGUGGUCUGCUGGGCUCCAGGCUGGAGGCUGCGGAGGACAUGGCUCUGAAGGCCCAAGCCUGUCUGUGCUACAUCUGCGCAGGCACGGUAGAGCAGCUGGUCUCCUACUGGGCCAAAGCUCAGGACUCCUGCAGCCCGCUGGCACUGCAGGAGCUAGUUGAGAAGGUGGUGGUCCUACAGAGAGCUGUGCUGAAAGCUCAGGGUGGUGUGUCUCCUGAUACGGGUGCACUGCUGGCAGAGAAGAUGAAUCAGUACGCCAGUCUGCUGGCGUCACAGGGCAGCUUACAGACGGCCAUAUCCUACCUGCCCACCAACACUCAACAGGUUGCUGUGCAUCAGCUGCGUGAUCGUCUGAGCCGAGCUCUGGGUCAGCAGCAGCAGUCUGGAGUCUCUGGAGCAAGGCAGGCGCUUCCCGCUGCUGUACCAGUGCAGACGUACACACAGCCUCAGCCUCCACAGGUCCCCGCACAGCCCGUCGCACCUGCCCAGUAUUACCCACAGGGUAGAUCCGCCACUACUGUCACGUCUUGGAGUAACCAAACCCCUACAGCUCUGCCCAGUGUCCCUCGCCCACUCGUGCCUGCUGCUGACCUGCAGGCGGAGUCCUCCGCUCCAGCCUUUGGCCUUCAGUCUCCAGUGAGUGCGUCCAUUCCUUCCUCCGCUCCGUUCAUGUACUCCCAGCAGUACCAGAACUAUCCUCCUACUCAGCAGUUCACUCCUGCCGCCGGGACACCUGGCAUCUAUCAGCCUCUUCAGUACUCUUCCUCCAUGGCUUCUCCUCUUCCUCCUCCACCCUCCUCCUCCUCCUCCUCCUCUGUCGCUGCUGUCUAUCCUCCACAGUUCAUGCAUCCUGCCUCCUCUCACCCUGCAGCUCCACCUGUGAUCUCUGGGCCUCCUCAGGGAGGCCAGCCUUUCUCUCCUCCUCUCUCUUCUGGCGUGUCUUUCCAGCAUGGUGGGCCAGGGUCGCCCGCGGCUUACGUUCCUCCUCCGGUCGCCAGAGCUCCAGGUACUCAGAAUGAAAGCGCUCUGAUUCCAGCCUCCCAGAGAACAGGAGGAUUAAAUCAGGACUCAGCCUGGUUUUUGGAAGGGCCUCAGAACGGCUGGAACGAUCCUCCCGCUUUCAACAGAGCUCCCAAAAAGAAGAAGAUGCCAGAAAACUUCACUCCACCAGCCCCCAUUACAGCACCCAUCAUGGCCCCUCUAGGUCAUGACCCUCAGGUCCCUGUUGCCCAAACAAUGCAGACACUUCAGCCACAACAGCAGGGUCAAGAUCAGCUUGUUGGCCCAGCCACCUUCACCCCCAUCCAGCAGCAGCCACUGGGACCCCCGGGCAGAAACCCCAGCAUGCCUCAGGGCAACAUGGAGGGUGCGCCUGGAGCGCCAAUUGGAGAUGUCAUAAAGCCACUUCAGUCCAUACCGACUGAGAAGAUAACUAAAAAGCCAAUCCCUGAGGAGCACAUGGUUCUGAAGACCACUUUUGAGGGACUGAUCCAGAAGUGCCUGGCUGCUGCUUCAGACCCGCAAACCAAGAGGAAGUUGGAUGAUGCUCAUAAGAGGCUCGAGUUUCUCUAUGACAAGCUGAGAGAGCAAACGCUGUCUCCAGCUAUCGUCGGUGGUCUGCACAGUAUGGCCCGCAGCAUCGAGAACCGCUUGUACGCCGACGGACUCAACAUCCACACGCACAUUGUGAGCAGCAGCAACUUCAGCGAAACGUCUGCCUUCAUGCCCGUGCUGAAGGUGGUGCUGACACAGGCCAACAAACUGGGUGUUUGAUAUCCGCUCUCUUUAACACACGAACCAACAAGUAUUCUCAAACCCGCAAAGCCAUCAUUCCAGGACCAGUUGCGCAUAUACUGUGCCAGUCUUAACCGGUCUGGUUUACAGCGACGUUUUAGUUUAUUCUUUUGUUUUUGUCACUUGUGUUUUAAUGUUGUCAUUAUUACAUAUUUGUAAUCAUGACAGAGCAGAGUGCAAUAGGGCUUUCCCUUUUUAUGUCUCCGGUUUUAAUGGUAAAUUAGCUUCAUAAAAUUAUAUGCGAGUUUUAUGCUUUACUGAAGACUAGCUGCAAGCUAAUCGUUUCCUGCGCAUCGUUCUUAAUUUAUGCUGUUCACCUGGCAUUAUUAUUUUGAGUUUUAAGAUGUUUACGAUUAUUACAGCUCCUCUGCAUUUCAAUUUGUUUUCUGGGAAUCUUCUUUGAUUUGCAUUACGACAUCAUUUCUGCAGAUACAUUUUGGAUAUGGCAUUAAGGUAACAUGCCAAAAGAAAUUUGCAAUAAAUUUUUAUUUAAGCAGUUUAAUUGCUUUAGUGUUUGGCAUUCGUACAACUGAAAAUUUAAGAUUAAAUCACGAUUUAUGUUUGUUUCAUAAUAAUGCUGCCUGUCUUUGUUGUACAUCACUGUAUGUUUUAGACAUCUCUUCAGAUCUUGCUUCUGAAAUAAAGGGGCAAAAGAAACAGGAUGUGUGUGGGGGAAAUAAAAGGUCAGGCUACAAUAAAGGGAAUGUUUUAUUUUAAUCACAGUUUCAGCCAGCUAUCAUUGUUAGUACGUCUGUUUCGAGCAAUGUUGCAUAUGGCUGCACAGAAGUUUGGAGGCUUGCUCUAAAACCCUGUUUUUUAUGCAAUCUGUGUACUGUCUCAGUAAUUGAGAUUGUACUGUAAAUCUGAUGACUGUUUUGCAGUUUUAUUAAAAACAAAUUGAGACA